AUGUCGCCCAGACUGGAGGAGGCAUCACCCUAUACAUUGGCCAACAUCUGCAUGAAUGUCCUGAUUGCUAAUCUGGAAGAAUUGUGUUCUGAGAAACCUGAUGGAACACUGUGCUUUCCAGAGCAUUGGAGUUUCCCUCAGGAAAUAGCUGAUCGAUUCCUUGGGAUGAUGGUUUAUCAAGGCAAGCUGACUGAUAGAACAGCAAGUAUUUUCCAAGGCAACCAAAUGAACCUGAAGAUGGUAAAUAUCCAGAAAGCUAAAAUCUCUGCAGCUGCCUUCAUAAAAGCCUUCUGCCAUCAUAAGCUUGUUGAAGUAGAUGCCACUGCAGUGCACUCUGACCUUCCAAUCCCAGAUAUCUUAAGUGGACUCUGCAGCAAUAGCUGGAUCCAGCAAAAUCUCCGGUGUCUGCUAUUAGACUCGACAAGCAUUCCUCAAGAUUCAAAACAGCUGUCCUUUGGUCAGCUCACUGGACUUCGUAUUUUAAGUGUUUUCAACGUUUGCUUUCAUACUGAAGAUCUGGCUAAUGUUUCUCAGUUACCAAACCUGGAAAACUUGGACAUCUCCAAUACUCUGGUCACGAACAUCUCUGCACUCCUUAACUGUAAGGAUCGACUCAAGUUUCUUACAAUGCACUACCUGAAAUGCCUGACCAUGACCAAACCACAAAUUCUUGGAGUCAUCAGAGAACUUCAAUAUCUGCGUCACCUUGAUAUUUCCAAUCACAGGCAACUCAAAUCAGACUUAGCUUUUCAUUUGUUACAGCAGGAGGAUAUCCUGCCAAAUGUUGUGUCCCUGGAUAUUUCUGGCGGCAGUUGUAUCACUGAUGGAGCUGUAGAGCGAUUUAUACAGCAGCGACCUGAAAUGCAAUUUGUUGGGCUUUUGGCUACAGAUGCUGGUUAUUCUGACUUCUUUACUACAAAGCAAGGCUUGAGGGUUGCUGGAGGAGCCAGUAUGGGUCAGAUUUCCGAAGCACUGAGCCGAUAUGGGAACAGGUCAUGUUUUAUGAAGGAAGCUCUUUACAGGCUCUUUACAGAGACAUUUUCAAUGCAUGUACACAUGCCUGCUAUUUUAAAGCUUGUGGCUGUAGGAAUGAGGAAUCAUCCAAUGGAUUUACCAGUGCAAUUCACAGCUAGUGCUUGUGCCCUCAACUUAACACGCCAGGGUCUGGCCCAGGGAAUGCCUGUUCGCCUAUUGUCAGAAGUCACUUGUCUACUUUUCAAGGCUCUGAAAAAUUUCCCCCAUUACCAACAGUUACAGAAGAAUUGUCUUCUUUCCUUAACCAAUUCCAGGAUUCUUGUGGAUGUUCCGUUUGACAGGUUUGAUGCUGCCAAGUUUGUUAUGAAAUGGCUCUGUAGGCAUGAGAACCCCAAAAUGCAAACUAUGGCAGUGAGCAUCACCUCUAUUCUAGCAUUGCAGCUCUCACCAGAGCAAAUCGCACAACUCCAAGAAGAGCUCUUCAUGGCAGUUAAGGAACUUAUAGCGAUAGUGAAACAAAAGACUACUGAAAAAUUAGAUGAUGUCACCCUCUUGUUUGCUUUGAAAGCACUUUGGAAUCUUACAGAUGAAUCUCCAGCUGCCUGCAAACACUUCAUUGAAAACCAAGGAUUGGCAAUCUACGUUCAAGUUUUAGAGACUUUUUCAGAGUCUUCAGUACAAAGCAAAGUACUUGGUCUCUUGAACAACAUAGCUGAAGUCAGAGAGUUUUCUUCCAAGCUGGUGACUGAAGAUGUGAUGAAGCAUAUCAGCAGUUUACUUCAUAGCAAAGAAAUAGAAGUGAGCUAUUUUGCUGCAGGUAUCAUAGCCCACCUGACUUCUAACAAACAGCCCUGGCUCUUCCGUGACCUGCAGAGGAAUGCUCUUCUCCAGGAUUUGCAUGCAACCAUGAAGAAUUGGCCAAGUCCAAGUUGUAAGAUGUCAGCAUUGGUAACAUACAGAUCUUUCAAGUCAUUUUACUCACUCCUUGGCAACUUCUCUCAACCAGUGGUUCAGCUCUGGGGACUAUGGGCCAUGUGUCACGUCUGCAGUAAAAAUCCUAGCAAAUACUGCAAAAUGUUAGUUGAAGAAGGAGGAUUGCAGCUUUUGUAUGAUAUCCAGGGGCACAGUCAGGCAAAUCCUCAAGCACAGCAGAUGGCAACUUCCAUUCUAGAGGACUUCAGGAUGCAUUUCAUGAAUUAUCGGAGUCUCCCUCUGAGUUGAAGACCCUUCUUAAUCUGAGGGCUUCCAAGGUGCGCUCUGUUCCUCGUAACCAGGUCUUCCUUCCCUGUCAGUAACUGAAUGUUGAAAAUGUUUGUUGGUGUUUGUGUAUUAGGUGUCUCAUUGACCUUUCUUGUUGAUUUUUUUGUAAAUUAUAAAAAAGUUAGAUUUACAUGCUAGUCAUAAUCCCUAAUCAAGUUGGAAUCAUUUUAUGGAAACCUCUUUAGCAGUAGUGUUGAAAAACCAGUUAUUGUGGACUUUGUGGGGAGACUUGGGAGCUUGUGUUGGAAUAGCUAUGUUAGUUUUCUCUGACCCUGAACAGUUUUUCCACUUUGGGGAGUUUGUCAGUGAAACAGGACCUCUUUGCUGGGAAGAGGAAGGACAGACCUACAGGGAAAUUUGGUAUUUAUGUUAAAUUCCCUCAUUUGUUAUUCCUGGUAUGUGAAGCUACCAGAAAAGAAGUAUCUGAAGAUGGGAAAUAAUAUGUUUUCAAAUGUUUUUUUGGCCAGGCACAGUGGUGCACACCUGAAUCCUAGCUACUUAGGAGGAGGAGGCAGGAGGGUCACAAGUUUAAGGCCAGCCUGGCCAACUUAGUGAGAUCCUUUCUCAUAAUUUAAGAAAAAGUGCUGGAGAUAUAGCUCAGUGAUAAAGAACCUCUGGGUUCAAUCCUCAGUCCUCAAGAGAUGGGGGAAAAUAUCUAGAAAACGGAACCUGUUGGAAGGGGAGAAAAGAUUUUCUUUUUUUAAUCCCCCCCCACACCCCCCACAGAUACUAGAGUACUUUCCAUUUGAGAGGUAGAGGGAAAAGAAUAUAUAUUUUAUAGUUUGGGAUUUUUUUUUUCCUUUUCUUAAACUUUUUUAUGGGUGCUCUUAUUCAGCAUGGAGUCAAAGGGGUCACUUUUCUGAAAUCAAGCCUCAAUUACAGCAUAAACUCUAUCAGAAGCUUUUGUUUGUUUUGUCUUCAAAGCUGCUCUGAGGAAUAAAGUAUGAAUUCCUUCCUUGUCUUAUUAUUGACAACUGAUGAAUUUGCUUUGUCAUUCAUCUGCUUAAGUUUUCGUUUUUUUUCCCCCAUAACAGGGAUCAAACCCAAGGCCUCGCAUGCUAUGCAAGUACUUUACUACUGAGCUAUAUUCUCAAUCUUCUGUUUAAGUUUUCAAAUAACUAAACUAAAUUCCUGUUUGAUUAUUAGCAUAUUUUAAGACUAGAGUUUUGUGCUUUUAGCUGGAUUUACCUCUUAAUUGAAGUAUUGUGUGCCAUCUUUGGGACUCAUUGAGUAUGUCGUUUUUAGUUGCUCUAAAACACAUUACAUACUCUUACUCACCAGUUUCCUCGCAGAUAAGUGUAAUUUGUAACCGAAUCCUUCUUCAAACUGCACCCUUUAUCUCACACUCACUCUUCUUCAUGA